AUGCGAUCGUUUGGCAGCUUGCUCGUGGCAACUAGCCUGAUUCUGCAUAGAGGCGCAUGUCAAUAUUUUCCUCCAAAACCAGAAGGGGUGAGGACACUAAAGUCCAAAUUCCACGAUGGCGUUACGAUUUCAUACAAAGAAGUGGGAGUCCUUUCUGACAUCUCUACCAUUGCGUCCUGCGGAUAUAUUCAUCUACCGCCAGGCUCCUUGACCGAGAAAGGAGAGGCUCAGAACUACCCUAUCAACAUUUUCUUUUGGUUCUUCGAAGCCAGAAAGGAUGCGCGCAACGCCCCUCUGAGUAUCUGGCUUAAUGGAGGUCCUGGUAGCUCUUCUGCGACAGGCCUGCUUGCUGAGAAUGGUCCUUGCUUCGUUAAUCCAGACUCAAAAAGCACCUCCCUGAACCCCUGGUCAUGGAACAACGAGGUCAACAUACUCUACAUCGACCAGCCCGUUCAGGUUGGCUAUUCGUACGACGUAGCGACAAACGUGACAGUGGAUCGAAGUAACAUGGAUGACAAAGUGUCCGUGGCUGACUUCUCAGACGAAGUCCCUGAACAGAACAACACGUUCUACGUGGGCACAUACGCAAGCCAGCGACAGUUUUCUGUAACCAACAGCACCAACCAUUCUGCUGUCGCCCUUUGGCAUUUCGCGCAGACUUGGUUCGAAGAAUUCCCUCAUUAUAAACCUGCCAAUGAGAAAAUCAGUAUCUGGGCUGAAUCGUACGGCGGUCAUUAUGGACCUGCCUUCUCACGCUUUUUCAGCCAGCAGAACGAUCUCAUCGCCGACGGUACUAUUGAUGGCAAAGGAGCGCAUUAUAUCCAUCUCGACAUGCUUGGACUGGUCAAUCCUUACAUUGACGCGUUGAUCCAAGCUCCCGCGUAUGCUGACAUUGCCUACAACAACACGUAUGGCAUUGAAGCGAUCAAUUCCUCCACCUACGAACUUGCGAUGCAUAAUUGGGAGAAGCCAGGUGGUGUGAAAGAUUUCGUCCUAAAGUGCCGCGAUCUAGCCCGCCGUUUGGACCCGUACGAUUACGGCGACAACCACGAAGUCAAUCAAGCGUGCUCCGCUGCCGCUGAAGCCAUAGAGGAGAACCUCGUAGAGCCGUAUACAAACUUUAGCAACCGCGGUUGGUUCGACAUCGCCCAUCCAGCAAACGACCCUUUCCCCCCACAAUACCUUAAAGGCUACCUCAAUCAGCGACACGUACAAGCUGCUCUUGGUGUACCUGUCAAUCACAGCUCGUAUUCAAGAACGGUUGCCAAUGUCUUCCAGCUGACAGGGGACGAGCCCCGUGGCGGGUACCUCGAAGACAUAGCGUACGUGCUCGAUCACGGGAUGAGAGUAGCCCUUGUGUACGGAGACAGAGAUUACGCGUGUAACUGGAUUGGCGGCGAGCGGGUCUCCCUGGCCAUUCCGUACUGCAAGGCCGAGGCCUUCGCUCAAGCAGGCUAUGAGCCGAUUGUGGUGAACUCGACCUAUGUUGGCGGCCAGGUGCGCCAAUACGGCAAUUUCUCGUUCUCGAGAGUCUACCAGUCGGGACACAUGGUGCCUGCUUACCAGCCCGAAACGGCGUAUAGAAUCUUCAUGCGCGCCAUGUUUGGCAAAGACAUCGCGACCGGAGAGAAGGACGUGACAGAUGAUUUCGCGACGAAGGGGCCGGCAGAUACGUGGCAUAUCCGGAACGAGAUCCCGGAACCGCCGCAGUCGGAGUGCUAUAUUCUUUCUCCCGAGGGCUGUUCUGAGGAGCAGUGGGAGGCAGUAAAGAACGGGACGGCUGUGAUCAAGGAUUACAUUUUUCAAGGUUUUGGUGGAGAUGAUAUAGAGAGUUUUGGCCAUGAGCACGAACGUGAGGGAGUUUCUGAGCAGGUCCCCAUUAAUUUAUGA